AUGGCGUACCCGGCUCUUCCCAAGCUUCUCCUCCUUUGCCUGCUCUUUUCUAUAGUCAUAAGUGUGGGUCCGUGUGCUCGGGCUCAGCUCGAGGGGACGAGCUUGAAGCUGAUGACGGAGGCGAUUGAAUGGCCGACAACAAUGUCAUCACCGUACGACGAGUUUGACAACUUGGGCGAGGAGGGGGGAGAGGUGGAUAUAGAAGGUGGGUCGCUCGGGAGGCGUAGGUCUCUGUUGUGGCGGAGAGUAAUGAGGUACUACAUCUCGUACGGUGCGCUCACUGCCGACAGAAUCCCGUGCCCACCUCGCUCAGGACGGUCCUACUACACCCACAACUGCUUCAAGGUAUCUCAAUCCUUGAUAAAUCCACGUACAAGCCAAGCAGGAGGCCUUGAUGAGGCUUUCCCAGUCCAUGUUUUCUACUUGGAUUCCUGCCUUUAG